CAUUGGUACUAUUGAGCACCAUGAUGCCCAGUGUAUACGAUUGCAUCCACACAAUGUUGUGGGUUGAUGCAUAUUUACAUUUACAUGGCUCGUAAAUUGUUAUAAAAAUCGUUAUUAAUAAGUUUUAACCUCGAAUAAAAGUGUACUAACAACAUGAAAUCUACACGAGUUUAUGAAAAGUGUAAAAUAGUGGGAAAUCAUAUAUGUAUCAUCUGUGUUUGUGUAUAGCCACGCCGAUUAUCAGCCUUUUAAGGCUUGAAAAAAAUUUCUGUCGUCUAAAAUAUUAAAUUCAUUUAUUUUGUGUGGCUAAUUACACCAAAAAGGUGACAUUGAAGGAAUGAUGAUGGGCGAUCAGUUUCGUAGUAAAGUUGAGCAAUACUCGCCAAAGUCAUCACCGAGGGGAGCUCGGUCCCCUGUAGUAUCACGGCAAGAUUCUACAGGAACACUGAAAACGACUAUUUCUCUUGGAAAAAAUCCUUCGAUUGUUCACAGUGGACCUUUUUAUUUGAUGAAAGAACCUCCUGGAAAAAGUGAACUCACAGGGGCUUCAAAUUUGAUGGCCCAUCAUGGCUUGGAGCAUUCAUAUAGUAAAUUCAGUGGUAAAAAGUUAAAGGAACAACUUUCUUCAUUUCUUCCAAAUCUUCCUGGUAUUAUCGAUACUCCUGGACAUCAAGACAACAGUUCGCUGAGGUCAGUAAUUGAGAAACCACCGAUUGGAGGAAAAGAAUUGCUUCCACUAACUAGUGUUCAAUUAUCAGGAUUUAGAUUACAUCCUGGGCCUUUACCUGAGCAAUAUCGAUACGUAAAUCAAGCGCCUCAAAGAAAACACAAAAACAAACAUAAGAAGCAUAAACAUAAACCUGGAGAAGUGCCAGCUGGACAAGAAAUCACAACGACUGAUAUUGGAGGAUCGGAUACUCACGAAAAGAAACACAAAAAGCAGAAAAGACAUGAUGAAGAAAAAGAAGCUAGGAAGAAAAGAAAGAAAGAGAAGAAGAGGAAAAAACAAAAACAUAGUCCUGAGCACUCUGGUGGACUCACACCUUCACAGCAUUCCAACUCGUGAUCUACACUUUUUUUUCAUCAAUUCGAUAAGCUGGCCAAUUGUGGAGAAUUUUUGCUCAUUUGAUAAAAAAUUUAUUUCCAGAUUAUAACGCGUCAGUGGUUUAUGUUUUGGAUCGUAUAAAUUAAGUUUCAUUAUCGUUAAGUUUUUUUUCUAUAUUAAUUUCCUUCCAAAUAGUUAGUUAAUUUGAUUAAAUGUAUCUUGAUGGAAUGUUAUAAUUUUUAUUUAACGCAAUUUUUCCCUUGAGGGGUUCUUUUAUUUAUAUAUUUUCAAUGAUCAAAGUACUGAGAAGAGGAUAUAAUGAAGAAUAAGUCAAAAAAAGAAAAAUAUCAAACUUAUAUGAUAUGGAUGUAUUUAUAUUCGCUUCCAAUUCAUGUGUUGUUUAUAUGCGGAUCUGCUUUAUUCCAAAGAUUCUGCACUUUUGUAAAUAUUAUAUACAUACUCGGCAAUGUCAUUGAGAACAAAUUGUCAUAAUGUUAUGGUUUAAUCAAGUAGUAUUUAUAACUCAGAUAAAUAAAUAAUAAUAGUUUAA